GUUAACAGGUACCCGGAUGUGUGCGCUCUCCACUUCCACAGCAGCAGUGACACCGGAACCAUGGCGACAGCUACUCCAGCAGAGCUACAUCUCUCCUCCGUGGGCGGUUUCACUCAGGGUUAACUAACGAUAAGCACACAUUGAGUUAUUUUAACCAGCUAUUAUGUCAUCCUCCUCCAGCCGAGGCCACUCCUGAGACGAGACUUGGACAUGUUGCACCAGAUGGAAUUGGAUUCAUUAGAUGACGGUCUGGGAGCAUCAAUGGAGGAUGCCCCUCACUUAUCUGAGUGUCCUCAGUCGAAGCCCUCCGCCACCGACAUCUCAGAACAUGAGUUCUCGUGCCACUGUUGCUACGACAUCUUAGUGAACCCCACCACCUUGACCUGCGGCCAUAACUUUUGCCGCCACUGUCUGGCUCUGUGGUGGGAGUCCUCUCACAAGAAUGAGUGCCCAGAGUGCCGGGAGAAGUGGGAAGGCUUUCCUAAAAUCAACAUACUGCUGAGGGAUGCAACUGACAAGCUGUUCAGUGAGGUCGUUCAGCGGAGGAGAGCAGAGAUUCAGGAAAACCCCAAAAUCUCCCGGAGCCUGCUGGCCUUCCAGAGGUAUGGUGACAACUUGGGUAGAUCCAGGACACACCAACACAAAGGAACAGGCUUCUUCUUCUCUGGAGUCCUGACUGCACUCACAUGUGUGGCUGCGAUGGUGCUGGUGUACCACUGGAGCAGCGGUGUGGUGGAGCAGCAUGACCUGCUGAUCAGUAAACCAGUGUCUCACUGGACGACGGAGGAAGUCGUGUCCUGGCUGGAACUCUUGGGGCCCUGGGCCCAGCUUUACAGGGAACCCUUCCAGCAGGAGAACGUCAAUGGGAGGCUACUGUUGAUGCUGGGGGACGAAGAGUUGUUAAAACCUCCUUACAGCAUCGAAAAUCAGAGUCACCGACGGGCUGUUCUGGCUGAACUGGACAGAGUUAAAGCCCUGGGGGUCAAACCUCCGCACAACCUCUGGGAGUACAAGGCUACUAAUGCAGGGAAGUCCCUGUUCCUGCUGUACGCACUGAAGCGCUCCCCUCGGCUCACUCUCUUCUACUUGUAUUUGUUCGACUACUCGGAAACCUUCCUGCCCUUCCUGCACACCUGCUGUCCGGCCAUCACACACAUCGGCCAGUCAAUGGAGAGCAGCUUCCUCAACGCACAGUUGGAGCCCAGUUGGCGACAGUGGGCAGAGUUUCUUGUGAAGUACCUCCUGCUUCCAUACCAGCUGAUAGCAGAGUUUGCUUGGGACUGGCUGGCCAUCCACUACUGGACGUCUCGCUUCAUCAUUGUUAACGCCAUGCUGCUGUCUGUGCUGGAGGGCUGUGCCCUGUGGAGACUCUGGACAAGAGCCAGGAUCAGGUCUCUGCCGCGCAAGAUGUGGAACCACAUGUGGAAGAUGUUAUCUCAGGGGUUUGCCUUCGCCCUCCUGUGGCCUUUUGUCCCUCAGUUCGUGUGCAACUGCCUCUUCUACUGGGCUCUCUACUUCAGCCCCAUCAUUAAUAUAGACAUGGUGGUGCAGCAGCUAAUGCACCCAGAAACACAGGCACUGUAACAAUUUGCAUGCAGUCAGUGCCCAAAUAAUGCCGCACAGUUCACAGCAAAUAAAACAGCCAGAAAUCCAGUUGCUGAAGAGGAGUUUAUUUUCAGCAGUAUGCUCACAUGAGACUGGCUUACUUGCUGUUGGAAAGGAAGUUUUCUGGCUUCCAGUCUUGUCUCUCUGCUGCAUGGUUGCCAUGUGGAACAAGAGAGGGUUUGAGCUAUUGUAGGAGAAUAAACAGUGAAAUAUCUGUGAUGUUAUUGAUUAGGAGAGAGUGCUCUCUCUGCGUGCACAGUGCAUUCACAAACCACAUUGCCUAAAUGGUCUAGAGGGCAGUUAUGCUGAUGAUAAGUCAUGUUCUAACAUCGGUGGUAGUGAAGACUGGCCUCAUGAGGAGUUUUCUGAUCGCUUUGUAGCACUGAGAUGGCUGAAGGUGGAACAAAACAAGCAUUGAUUCUAUUAUUAAAUGUUUUUAUGACAUGUAAUCCACAACCAUUGGACAACUGCUGCUUUAAAAGUAUCAGUUUGAAUGAAGCAGUAUUAUACGUGUAUAUAAACCCCUUAUUCUGCAUGAACUUCUAUGCGUUCUUGAAAUCUUCAGUGCGGUUCUGGCUUUGACUGCGAUCCUGGUGCCACACAGCUGUCUGAAAACUCACUCUACAAGGUUUGGUGAUUGUGAAAUGUGUCAAAUGUUGAGGUUUGCAGUAUUGCAGCCCGAUGGGAACCCAUAGUUGAUUGAAAGGAAAACAAAACUUUAUGAACAAAUGUUCAACCCUGAAGCUCGUUGCAGGAAUUCCAAGCGUUCAUUUCACAAUUCAUGUUGGCACUUAGAUUUGAAAUAAAAUGUGUUCUUAACAGAAUUUGAGAUGCUGAUACAGAUCUUUUUUCAUUUUUAGGAUUUUAUGGAGGAACUGUUCAUAGCAGGUUUUAUUUGCUGGUACUGCUGACAAAUAUUGUGCUGCACCUUUUUUUUUUUUAUUCUUCAGAAACAUUUUGUUCGCAGUAUAUUGUAUGUUUCCAUGUGAUGAGUGAGUAGAGCUAAUCAAAGACCUUUUUAUUUUUUACAUUGUUCAUUUGCACUUAAAAGUUCUACACUGUGAUUUUGUUCUUAAAUGUUCUAUAAUGACAAAGGAAAAAUAAAGAUUUUUAAUAAUA